CAAUUCAUCCCAAACACUAGCGCUGUUUCUUACCAUCUGCGUUACAGACAGGUUUUUUUUUCGCCUUCUCAUGUUACAAAAUAUUUUUAUUUUAAAGCGUUUCCAACUUAUUGUUUUUCAAUUUUUUAAAAUUGAUUUUGGAUACAAAAAAAAAAAAAACAAUUAGUAUGGUGUGCUACCUGAAAAUCGCGUAUUUUCUGAUGCUGGUUGUCGCUCUGCAGUUCAUCCUGGCCCUCAGCCCGGUGAGUGCGGCCGGACGGAAGUGUGGCUACAUCUACAAGGGCUUCGCGGAGUGCCUGCUGAGGCUGGGGGACAGCAUGACGGAGAGUAUGCAGCAAGGGGGCGAGGAGCUGCUGGAGAUCGACUCCGUCUGCAGGUCCUGGGAUGAGUUCCACCGCUGUGCCAGCGCGGUUCUGGCCGGCUGCCCUGACGAGGCGGCUGUGGUGUGGGAGUCUCUGAGGCAGGAGUCCAGGAAGAUGCAGUUCUCUGGGAACCUUUACGACAUGUGCAGCAACCGAGCCAAACCUUCCACCAGCGUGCGGAACCCCAACCGAGAGGAGACCAAUCAGGAGUCACUCCGGGGCUCCGCCUACCUGCCUGGCCCCGCCCACUUACUGGCGCUCUCGCUGGCUGCGCUGGUGGUCAGGAUGUAGCUGUGCUCGCUGGGCUGGUCACCUCGGACCCCGAGCCGCUCUGGACUCCAUAAACACUCGUAGCUUCUCUGCUCUGGAGAACACCCAGACUGUGUUCCUUUAUUCAGGAGCUGGGUACUGGACUCACCACUUUGUUAUCUGCCAGCCCAGUUUCUUGUUAGAAGAAGUUAAUAGCGAUAAUUAAUGUUGGCCGACACCUUGCUUCUCCUCACCUCUGAGUCCAGAACUCAUUUUAUACCAUCUCUCCUGCCCCCUAAACACACUCCGCACAUUACACAAAAAAAACAGCUCUUUACAUCUUUAUAAUUACAAAGGGCUGUCAAAACAAAAGCUGAUUCAUGAUUAUCUGUGGGUUUAUUAGUGUCAAGUGAGGACGUUGCAGACUUUUCCACUUCACUUCACACCUUGGUGAGAAAUGAAAGUGGAAUUGUCUGUAUUUUCAAUCCCAAACACUGGGUAUAAAAGGCAUUCUUUAACAUAUGCCGUCAAGGGCACUGCGAUGGCAAUGCAAUGGUUCAGUGGUGGCACAAAGGGCACUAGUGGUAAGAGUCAUUGUUAGAGUGGAACUAGAUUUUUGACGUACUUACCAAAGGUAUCCUCGUCCCAGUGGGGUGCCCCAAUAGACAGUGGGACUCCAUUGUGUUGCCAUUGCUGGUACAGGAUAUCAUAGGCACAGUAGUAGUAAAAGUUUUCCAUAUUUCUCCAUAAUCUCUUCCAGGGCUGUUUAAUAUCACAUGAGUGUCCCGCCUUUAUAUCUGGCUAUGGGAGUAGGCCUCUGUGCCCAACAACAUUUACCAGAUGCUGGCCAUAAUAGAAAUCUGCAACAACAAUGGGCCGUGCUGUUUCACUUAGCAAAUAAUAACAGGGCCUUUCUCUUUAUUGAGAUGCUGCAGCCGGUAGACACUCACAUGUUUGUAAUAAAUAUUAGGGAAACCAAGCCCACAAGAGAACAUGGAACCAAGCCCACAAUGUAUAUCACAUGGAACUUGGGUUACAUCAUCAUCAUCAUCAUCAUAAUAAUAUCUAUAGCUGUAUAUUGUAUCACACUCUGUCUUAGUCAAAACACAGUGGAAAAGAGGCUGAAGACAGAUAAUGCAUUCUGUAAAAACUCAAUUUCUCAAGGAGUGCAUGUCUAAAUAAGGCCGACAGCUGCGGUGCUGUAGGAAGAGAGAUCCAUCGAUCCUGUGUUUGCUUGCACCCUCAAACACAGUCUAAAUGCUAAAUGCGAUUAUACAUCUUAUAGCCUGAAAGCUGGCUCCACUUUAAGAGAUUAUCUUUGUUGUUGGUGAUUUGUGACUGCAGGCGUGAUGGGCAGGCUGCAGCCUCUGCUAUCUUAUUGUCAUUGUUGUUAUUAUUUUCAGUAGACUAAGCUCUGCGUUUUUAUUACCAGUUCUGUGUAAUUCCUGCACGCUUUUGAAAUGCUGCGGAGGAUUUGACUAGGAAGUGGAGUCGUGGUUUUUAAGAACGCGUAGUGUCACAGAGGAUUGGAUUCUCCUGCAACUGAGCAGGAUCACAAGGGCUGGUUAGAGGGUUUCGCAACAUUGUGUCAUUUGUGUUACAAUAAACUCAUUACGACUCACUGUCGCUUUGUUGCGUGGUCAGUUUUAUCUGUUGUGCUUAAAUUAAAAUAUAUAUUUUUUGACAUGAUUGGAAAAACCCAUAAUUAAAAAAAAUACUAUAGUUUUCUAUGGCCAAAGCUCUGUAUCUUGCUGUAGUAAAAACUACAGUACACAGGUUCUGAAGGGAUGUAAUAUAUGCAAGGUUAAAAAGGAAUUCAUUAUUUACCUACAUGCAUGUAUUAAAGACAUAGAAGUGACCUACAGUUUAUGUGUAAAUGCUGAAAUUGUCUUAUGUUAAUAUCUGUAAAAAAA